AUGAGUAACAAUCAACAGUAUCAUUAUUCUAGUAAUUCCAAUUCUUAUUAUUCAAAUUAUCAUAAGAAUAAGAAUACUACUACUAAUAAUAAUAAUAAUAACAAUAACAAUAAUAAGAAUAAUAAGAAUUAUAGUAAUACUUUGUGGAACAAUGGAAGGAAAUUUGAUAAUAAUGCCACUUUUAUUGAUUUGGAUGGAAGUGAGGAUGAAGAGGUUGUUGUAAAAGGACCAACAUCAAAGCCUAUUGAUCAACCAAACAAACAAACCUUCUAUCACUACCCAACUCCCAAUCCUCCUCCAUUUAUACCUCUUCCUCUUCCAAAACCAACUAUACUUACUCCUCUUCAACUUCCAAAACCAAAUUUAUCGACUCCAUUUAUUAGUAAUAAUAAUAGAUUUAAUGAUUAUGAUUAUAAAUAUGAAGAGGAUGAAAUUGAAUUUUCUCAAGAUGAAGAAACCUCGUCAUCGUCAUCGUCAUCGUCGUCAUCUUCUUCAUCAUAUGAUUCUGGAGAUGAAGGUGAAUCCCAAGAGGGGGAGGAGGAGGAGAAGGAGGAAGAAAUGGAUGAAGAGAGUUAUUCAUCAUCUGAUUAUGAUGAAUACAGUAUGGCUAUUAUACCUCACCCUACUAAACCAUUCAUUGAUGAAGAACCACCAGCUACAAUGGAAAGAAAAGAAAUCUUUAGACUCGAGGGACCAAAGAAACGAGUCCGAAUCAAUUUUACAUUUGAAUAUUUUCCAACUUUUAAAAAUAAUAAUAAUAAUAAUAAUAAUAAUAAUAAUAAUAAUAAUAAUAAUAAUAAUGAAUCCAACAUUGCAAAUCUUGUAAAAAAUAAUAAUAAUAGUUUUUCCAGCAAUCCAAUUAGAAUUUGUUUUGAAUAA